UUCUCUUUUCUCCUUUAUAUAUUCUCUUUCACUUCUGCAUAUAGAAGCUCAAGAACUACAACUUCACAAAAUGGAUUACUUAUUUUGUGAUUCAUUGAAUAAGAUACCGAAUAAUGGUAUGAUGUCUCUUAGUGGUUUUAACUCAGGGUGGCACUCACUCAUGUACAACAACAUACUUGAAAUGAUCAAUGAGAGUUUCUCACUCGAUAAAAACACUGAGUCUCACUAUAUUAAUUCAUUUCCAAAAUAUAGUAGUAUUCAACAUGAAAGACCCUUUACUCUCUUAUUGUAUCCGCAAGUUGUUCCAAUACAAACUCUUCUGUAUGAAAAAUCAAGAGGUUUUAGUUCAAACGCAGACACAAUAGAAAACAAUGCUAACAACAACAGUGCUUCUGCAUCAAAAGAUGGUUUGAGAAUAUUAUAUAUUCAAAUACCAACUGCUCCCCUACCUCAUCAUCAAGUAGUAAUAUUACUGAUCCAAGGACCUCAUGAAUCAGUAACAUUAAUGAUCCAGUGGAAGGUAGAUGCAGAAGAACUGAUGAAAAAAAAUGGAGAUGUUCUAGAUAUGUUGCUCCUAAUAAUCAGUAUUGUGAUCGACAUAUGCAUAAAGAGUUAUUGACAGUGUGAUAUAUAUCUACGGUCAAGGGAAACUUAAAUCUUUUGUUUGCGACCCCAUAACAAUUUUAGAUGUAGUAAGUAUGAUAUAUUGACGGUGUGAUAUACUAUAUCUAAAAUAUGUAAAAUAAGUUGGUGUGAAUUAAACACUUGUUGACAGUGUGAUAUAUUAUAUCUAAAAUAAGUUGAUAUAUUGACAGUGUGAUAUAUUAUAUCUGAAAUUAUAUUUGGUUUUAUGAUUUUUUUUCUUAUAACUUUACAAAUGUUCUUUCUUUUAAUUUUUUCGCAAAUACAUUAAUGAACUUUAA